GCGGAUUGUUUUCCCUGCAAAAAAAUGCCAGUCGCCGAGGAGGGAAGCGGCGAUUACCGCCUUUGAACUCCCGCCGUUUUGUGGUGAAGGGUUCCUCGGCGGCAAAAUUGCCGUAUCCCACCAUCGCCGUAUCGUGCUCUGAUGUCCGUGCUCGUGCUAUCAAUUCUUUCCUCUGAUCGCUUCGGUUUCGUCCUCCUUGUGUCUCCUUGCCUGUCUCUCUCGCUGAAGAUUGGCGAUGGCGGCUGGCGUUGUUUCUCCUGCUGCCAUGUCCAGCGCUGCCGCAGCAUCGUUCGCGGGGCGCAUUACGUCAUGCAGCACUACCGGUAGCCUGAGCGCCGCCACGAAGCGCCAGGUGCCGUGUAUUGCGCUGGCUGGAUCUUCCGCUUCCCCUUCUUCCUCCUCUUCCCCUUCUUCCUCCUCUUCCUCCUCUUCUCCUUCUUCUUUUUCUGCUCUGCAUUAUGAUUGUCCUGCAAUUCUCGGCGGGGUAGAAGGCGUCUCCACGUGCUGCUCUUCUUAUGUUGACAGAAAUCGCUCAAGGAGUCUAGCCUAUUUAACUGGCGGCUGUUUCUCCGGCACGCCGGUUCCAUCGAGGAAGCUCCUGAAUUCUUCCAGGCAGCGAGCGUCUCGCCGGCGUGGCACUGCAGCUCAGCCAGUUGCCAAGGUGUUGACGCAGAGCGAUCUGAAGGAAGUUGCAGCAGAGAAGAAGCAACAUCAUUUUCUUCACAUUGAUGACUUCCGCCGGGAAGAAAUUAUGGGCAUUCUGGAGCGGGCAAAAGAGGUUAAGGCUUUGCUUAAGUCAGGUGACCGGAGUUAUCUCCCGUUUAAGGGAAAGUCGAUGGCAAUGAUUUUCACAAAACCAUCAAUGCGCACCCGUGUUUCAUUUGAAACGGGCUUCUUCCUCCUCGGUGGACAUGCAAUCUAUCUAGGCCCGGAAGACAUUCAGCUUGGGAAACGAGAGGAAACUCGUGACAUUGCUCGUGUGCUGAGUGGAUACAACGACCUGAUCAUGGCGAGGUUAUUUGGUCAUCAAGAUAUUCUAGAUCUGGCCAAGUAUGGUUCCGUUCCAGUUAUUAAUGGCCUGACAGACUACAAUCAUCCUUGCCAGAUCAUGGCUGAUGCUUUGACAAUCAUGGAGCAUUUGGGAGGAAUUGAGGGAGUUAAGGUUGUCUACGUUGGAGAUGGCAACAACAUUGUGCAUUCCUGGCUUAAACUAGCUGCUGUUGUGCCCUUCCACUUUGUGUGUGCAUGCCCCAAGGGUUUUGAACCAGAUGCAGAUACGGUAGAGCAGGCGCGUAAAGCUGGCGUAUCUACUAUUGAGAUAGUCAACGAUCCUUUUGAGGCAGUGAAGGGGGCCAACAUAAUUUACUCUGACGUUUGGGCCUCUAUGGGGCAGAAGGAGGAAGCCGCAUUGCGAAUGCAGCGCUUCAAAGGAUUCCAGGUAAAUGAGGAACUGAUGGCUGCAGCCGGCAAAGAUGCAUUGUUCAUGCACUGCCUGCCAGCUGAGAGGGGAGUUGAAGUUACAGAUGGCGUCAUGGAGGCGCCUUAUUCUAUCGUCUUCCCUCAGGCAGAGAACCGGAUGCAUGCACAGAAUUCGAUCAUGCUCUUUGCAAUGGGGUGCUGAGCAGAAGUGCAUAGCGCUGCGAUUGGAAUUUGAGAUGUGUGUGGAUUAGAGAGAGAGAUCGUUCGAAGUCGCGGGCUUUGUGCGACCAGUCCAUGGAAUAGAGGAGGAGAGGUGCAUUCUUCCUCCGUUUCUGCUGCUUUUGUGACUGGGUCAAGCGUUGCCUGCCUUCCUUCGAACUGCGUGGUACGCUCCCUACCCCGAAAGGCACGUGGCCGCCACAUGUGCCACACCGCCAACAGUGUACAAUGUUUCCCUGCUGGGACUCUGCAACCAUCCCGCACUAACCCUGAGCCUUAACAAGCUGACGGUUACGAGGGUUAAGGCUUCAAGCCCAGGGUUGCAUGGAGAGCUCUCUGGUUUCAAUAGUUGAGGGAGUGGCUGUUGGCCGAGUUUCCUUUUUUCUCGGUUUUCUUGUUCAAUCCGCAAUAAUGGGGCAUCAGAGCUGUCAAGGGUUCAAGCCCAGCUGCCCAGGGUUGCAGUUACGAGUGCCGAAAAUGCAGAAAUGCUGUGUUGCAUUGGCCAUUGACGGUCACUCUGGCACGAGUGUGGGAAAGUGGAUAAGGUGCGGAGAAUUUUUGUGGGGGGUUGUUAUGGCUUUGAACCAGCUGGAUCAACCCUCACAAAGAAAUGCUUCUGCCAUCUCUCUCUCUCUCUCUCUCUCUCUCUCUCUCUCUCUCUCUCUCUCUCUCUCUCUCUCUCUCUCUCUCUUGGAGCCCAUUUUUCUUUACAAAUAAUAAAAGGGGUGCUGUCAAAGUGAUAGCGAUGGUCUGAGUGCUGAAGUGACUUUUCACACUGCCCUCGUGGGAUUCUACUACGAUUCUACGAUGGCGGAUUUUGCACACACGCGUCUACCCUUUAAUGCUUGGUUGUGCGUAUGAUGCUGUGCGACUGCGUGUCAGGCUGCAGAACAAAGUGUUGCGACGGUAGUCUGUCUCUGGCGGAGGAGAACUCUGGCAACGACAUUCUAUCGCGCAGCAGCUGUGACUGUGAGUGUUCAUGGUCUUUUCUUUUACGACCUGGGUCCUCUGCGGGGGAGCGCGUGGGCUAGAGAGUGGACUACGUAAGGGGUAGGCAUUGGCAGUUUCUGAAAUGGGCGCGGAUUUCAAGACCGAGAGAUUGUGAGGAUCAGAUGAACGUGAUGGCUGUCACAGAUUGCUUACCCCCGCAAGUUUGUGACCAGUGGGCACCUGGUCCGGAGAUAGUUACAGGGGAUUCACAGCAUUUGGGGGUCUGCAUUUGGAGUAUCCAAGCAGCUGUCUAGACUAGAAUGAUCCUGGCCCGGUUUGCUUUUCUGCUGCAGGUUGAAAAGGGAUCUCUGUGGAAUCGGUCACCUUACCGUUAG